AUUGAACCCUCUCUAUACUUAGACAAGGCCAGCACGACCCUUGCCGAGCCGCUUAACUUUUAUCAUGCGUGAUGCCUCUGAUACAUAACAUAUUGUCUGUUGCAGAAGCCUGAUCUCUUGCCGAUUGCCAUCAAUCAAUCGACAAAAACAGCAGACCCAUUUCCGACGUCAGACCAUAGCUAUGCCUUGCAAAUCGAGAUGGCAACUAUCGCCGCCAGAAACUUCGAUCCCGUCAUUCAUGUUCGGAUCUCCAACAGGCUCCAUUGACUCCAAGGACAAGCUCCUGGUCGAUGCGAAAAGACCAGAUACACAUUACCUCACCCUUCAUUCCUACCGAGAAUGGGCCAAAAGACUCGCCAUGGGUCUAACACGGGCAGGUCUCAAGGAAGGUGACCGUGUGAUGCUCUUCUCGGGCAAUAGCAUCUUCAAUCCGGUCGUUGCCAUGGGCAUUCUGAUGGCCGGUGGAAUCUACAACAGUGCCAAUCCCGCAUAUACGCCGCGUGAACUUGCCCACCAACUGAAAGACACCGAACCAAGUUUUGUCCUUGCUGCCGAAAAUUGCAUCGAGCGCGCUAUGGAUGCGGCCAAGCUGGUUGGACUCGAUGGAAACCGAAUCUUUCUCUUCACUGAUAUAUCUGCAAACCAUGAAGCUCACAUUUCAUGGCCGGCUGUGCAGUAUCAGCACUGGAGCACUUUACUUGUCGAGCACAGUGCUGCCCAGUACUUCGUUUGGAAAGAGCUCAAUUCACCAGACCUGGCCGAACGCACUGCCAUCUUGUUAUACUCAUCCGGAACGACUGGCCUACCCAAAGGCGUUGAGCUGUCUCACCGCAGUAUAGUUGCGAACAUGCUACAGCUCAAGCAAAUCCAACUAUGCGAUACGUCUGUCGCUGCGCGGCGAAGUCUAUGUGUUAUCCCGCUCUAUCACGCGCUCGGAUUGCUGUACUAUUCCUUCACAGCACCGAAAUGGGGUAUACAAACGUUCCUUAUGGAACGAUACAAUCUGUCGGACAUGCUGGACCAUAUUCAAUCGUUCAAGAUCACGGAAUUGCUGCUUGUUCCUCCCAUACUGGUGGCUAUGGCCAAACAUCCUUCUGUUCGCGACGGUUCAUACGACAUCAGCAGCGUGCGGAAGGUCGUGGCUGGUGCGGCUCCCAUUGGCAUGGAAGUUACACAGCAGUUUGAGGAGCUUUUCAAGGCAAAGGUCAAAGUUAGACAGGCUUGGGGCAUGUCAGAAGCUCCAGCUAUCACCUUAUGCUGGGAUGAGCGCGAAAGCCUGGGUCCGUCCGCAAUCUCGAUCGGCGAGCUCGUUCCUGGAGCCGAAGCUAUGCUGGUCAAGGAGAAUGGUGAAGAGGAGACUCAACCCGGUGAGAGGGGCGAGUUCUGGAUCCGCUCACCGAACAUGAUGAAAGGAUACUGGCGAAACAGCAAGGCCUCGGCCGAGACUAUCACUAGUGAUGGGUGGAUGAAGACUGGUGAUAUCGCAUACCGCGAUGAUGCGGGGAAGUGGUACAUGGCCGAUCGGAAGAAGGAGCUGAUCAAAGUCCGAGGAGCGCAAGUUGCACCAGCGGAGUUGGAGGCAUUGCUGCUUGAGCACCCACAGAUUGUGGAUGCCGCUGUCAUUGGAGUCAAGACUGCCACCGACGACGAAAACCCUCGUGCGUACGUGGUGUUGAAACCUGGAUUCUCGAUCACAGCGGGGGAUGUCGCAGACUAUGUGCGAGCGCGUGUGUCGAAGAUCAAGUGGUUGACAGGCGGAGUUGCAUUUGUCGAUUCUAUCCCCAAGAACCCGUCAGGCAAGAUUCUUCGACGGCAAUUGAGGGAGCGUGCGGCCAGGGAGACUGGUGGGAAGUUGUGAUGGAAGAUCUAAGCAGGACAAUCAUUGUAGUUUUUCACCCUAUCACAGAUGAGGGCCAUUCAAUUUCUCAAGUCCCAAGAAUCUGGUGACCUGACCUAUGUG